AUGUUUAUGUCUGGGGGUGAACUGUCACAAGUUGACUUGCACCUGCACACUAAACUGCAGUGUGGGGGUGCAAGUCAACUAGAGAUGGUCACUUUGCAUCCGGAUAUCCGCGCGGAUGCGGAUAUCCGGUUGCUUUUUCCAGGGAAAGCGGCAUCCGCAUCCGCCAGCGGGUAUCCCCCGCCUUGGCGGGUAUCCGAGCGGAUAUCCUCGGAUACCCGCCCUCUAAAUGGACGGCGAGGCCUUGGUGCCUGCGAUCCCAUGAUCCUCAUUCCAUCUGAACCCACUGUCCGCUUAGUCUACCCACUGCUCUCCUAUUAUGUUAGCUCAACUGAAUGA